AGAGAGAGAGAGAGAGAGAGAGAGCGGGAAAAAGAGGAAGAGAGGGACCAGGAGGAAGCCCUUGUUUAACGUGAGAAGUAAAGGGAGGAGAGGAGUGAGGCAGAGGAAGCGCAGGCUGGUUUCUGAACAUGGGUGCGUGCGCCGUGCUGCUGUUCUAUCUGUCCCUGGCAGAGUUUGGGAGAGUUUGGACUCGGGAGCAAACAGGAGUGCUCUAUGGCUUGGCAGAGCUCAGUGAAGGGGGCACAUCAGAGCUACACAGGGCCCACAAAGACCGUGGACCCCUCCCCAACCCGGGGAAGGCUAGAAGGGCCCGGGAUGCGCUGGGGGGAGGACUGGCCAUUGACACCCUACCUGACAACAUGACCCGCGUUGUGGAGGACUCUCAUAGGUACUACUCCUGGCGCAGUUUCGGUCCUGCGGACAAGCGCACAGAGGGUCUGUGGGUGGACUUGAGCGCUGAGCAGCACAGCCAAGUCAGAGUGCACGGUAUCCUGUCCAAUACGCGCCGUCAGGCUGUGCGGGUGGCCUUAUCUUUUGAUUUCCCCUUCUAUGGACAUUAUCUGAGGCAAAUCACCAUAGCAACUGGAGGGUUCAUCUUCACCGGGGAGGUCACACAUCGCAUGCUGACAGCCACUCAGUACAUCGCCCCCCUCAUGGCCAACUUCGACCCCAGCUUCUCCAAGAACUCCACAGUGCAGUACCUGGACAAUGGGGAGGUGUUUGUGGUGCAGUGGGACAAGGUGCAGCUUCAGGACCAGGAGUCGGAGGGGGUGUUCACUUUUCAAACUGCCCUCCAUCACACUGGGACCAUCGUCUUCAGCUACAGAGACGUGCCGUUGUCAGUGGAGGAGAUCAGCUCGUCUAAACACCCAGUGAAGGUGGGCCUGUCUGAUGCGUUCAUGGCCCUCCUCUCUUCUCCACAGUCCCCAGAAUCACGACGCCGGACAAUCUAUGAAUAUCAUCGAGUGGAGAUUGACACCACGAAGAUUACCAACCACUCGGCCUUCGAGUUCAUCCCACUGCCCACCUGCCUGCAGCAUGAGACAUGUGAGCAGUGUACCUCCUCUAACCUGACGGCUGGCUGCGGCUGGUGCAACAUCCUGCAGAGGUGUUCAGAUGGAAUAGACAGACACAGACAGGAGUGGCUGGACUAUGGCUGCUCAGAAGAGGCCAAGGGAGGCACGUGUGAGGAGUAUGGUCCAGGGGGACCUGAUGGCACAAUGGGUCCCUUCAACCCAUCAAGCCCGGAGCCCACCCCCUCGCCAGGGGCCCUGCCCGACAGCCCUGUGACAGAAGAUGACACCAAACUUCUCAUUCACUACAAUGGCAAUGACCUACAGACUGGUCCCCCGCGGCAGCAGGGGGCACCAGAGCACACGGGAAUCAUUGCAGGAGUAGUGACAGCUGUAGUUCUCCUUGUAGCCCUGACACUGCUGGCUCUCUACUACAUCAACACACAUCCCACUGUUGCCCCACCAUUCUACCUCAUGCAGCAACGCACAAACAACUACUGGCCAUCCAUGAAGUUCAGGAACCAGGGCUGCCACUCCAGCUACGCAGAGGUGGAGGUUGGGGGUCACGAGAAGGAGGGCUUCAUUGAGGCUGAACAGUGCUAAGAGGACUGGACAUGUGCUUCCAGGACUGGGGCUGGAUGGAGUAGCAUGGAUUGGGCUUUUGGGGAAUGUAAAGAAAUGGACAAAACCGCAAGGGAAAAUACAGCAAGAUUUUAGCCAUCAUUACUGCAAUUAAUGUACAGUUAAUCUUUAUAAUGCUUUUCUGUUUUUUUUUGUUUGUUUUCACAAGGAAAAAAUAUGUUUUACAAAGUGUCUUGUUGAUCAAUGACUACGUUUCAUAUAAUACUCUUCUUUUAGCCACACGGAUUUGACUAGCUCUGCAACUGAUGCAUCUCUUGAGUUAUCACAGAGUUGAUGAAAGCAAGAAGAAACAGUGAUGCAUUUAGUAGGACUCUGAUGCGCAUUUUGCCAAAUUUGCUAAAGUCCCAGUCAUUAAGCAGUAAAUUUAGCAAUAAGAGAAAACUCGUGCUUGUUAGACAUCAGGGCUGCUUGCCAAAUCCAGGCAGGAUGUUUUUAUAGUGAAUUAUAGUGAAUCGUAAUUUUCAACUCUCCAAUGUGAUCUGGGACCACCUUAAGUAUGCUCCUGGACACAAACAUAAAAAUGGGACUGGUGGCAGUAUUCCUGGGGACCAAGAACAACCUGCAAGCAUUACAUACUGCAAUCACGUUAGCAGGUGAUUAAAGAAAACAUCCAAUCAAAGAUUUGACAUACCCACCAAUAAUAGCAAGUUCAUGCUAUUGCGUUGGUCCAAGUCAAGCUGUAUUCAUCCUGUCUCUUUUUCUUAGCUCAUCAGCAUUUCUGGGAUAAAAAUGUUUUAAAUGGUUAAAUAGUGUUAGAAUUUAUAUUGUAGGUUGUACAGAACUUAAAAUAAUGGACUUAAAUAUUCUUGGUACAGUAUGUGAAAUAGGCCAACUUUUCACAAAUGGCACAAAUUCCCAAAAGUAAAACAGACAGUGGUGGAACGGAGACCUAUGAAGUGAAAUGGUUUUGCGUUGCAAACCAUGUCUAUGAGAAGCUAUCGAACCAAGAGGAUGGUACCCACAUACAACAGGUAUCACAAAUCUCUGCGGCAAGACACUUCUUGUGAAUGACCUGACGAUCUUGUGGGCUCCUGCAUGCCAUUGGAUGUGGGAUUUUGGGUCUGUCAGACAUACCAUGGAGAGAGAGUCCCACCUCACCCUCUAAAUGGACACUGUGCCCGGAUGCCCGUGCUCACAGCAAAUCUGUGCAGGUCUGGCACAGAGCCCCGAACUCUUUAUUUCAUGAUACGGCAACCAGUGGCCCAGUGAAUAGGGAAGAAAUGUGACACUCCUUAUUGUCAUCACUCCUGUUGCUUAUUUAGCACAAGGGGUCUCCAAAGUCCCUGACAUAGCCACUGUCACCAGAUGUCCCAGGAUGGACUCAGAGUAUUGAUGCAG